CUUUCGCUAUUUAUCUCUCUCUCUCUCUUACUGCGUCUACCUAUAGUUUAUUCUCUUUUUUUUAAAAAAAAUAUAUUAAUUAAGCAUUCACAUCCAAAUGGCAGAAGAAAAUAAUUGGAAAUUUGCACAAUGCUUUGGCGACAAAGGCGAAUCGGACGAUGUCACUGAUGCCGACAUCAUUUCUGCCGUUGAAUUUGAUCAGACCGGUGACUACCUUGCAACUGGCGACAAAGGAGGACGUGUCGUUCUAUUUGAGCGAAAUGAAAGUAAAAAAGGCUGUGAAUACAGAUUCCACACCGAGUUUCAAUCCCAUGAAGCAGAAUUUGACUACCUGAAGAGUUUGGAGAUCGAAGAAAAGAUCAAUAAGAUCAAGUGGUGUAAACGCCAAAACUCAGCUCACUUUUUACUGUCAACAAAUGACAAGACCAUUAAGCUCUGGAAAGUGUUUGAGAAAUCACUCAAGGUUGUGGCAGAGAACAAUCUUGGUGAUGGUCCUCAACCGGUUUCUAGCGGACUUCGGGUGCCAAAAUUAGCUCAUCGAGACACAAUUGUCGCUGCUGUGCCAAGAAAGGUCUAUGCAAAUGCUCAUGCAUAUCACAUCAACUCUAUCUCAAUCAACUCUGACAGCGAAACUUACAUUUCUGCGGAUGAUUUGCGGAUCAACCUGUGGAACUUGGACAUCUCAGACCAAAGUUUCAACAUUGUUGACAUCAAGCCAGCCAAUAUGGAAGAACUGACUGAAGUUAUUACUGCUGCGGAAUUCCACCCAUACCACUGUAAUAUGUUUAUGUACAGUUCGAGCAAAGGCACCAUCAAAUUAAGUGAUAUGAGAGCUUCUGCUCUUUGUGAUCAGCACGCCAAAGUUUUCGAGGAACCAGAAGAUCCAUCUAGUCGAUCGUUCUUCUCAGAGAUCAUCUCUUCGGUAUCAGACGUUAAAUUUAGCCAUGAUGGUCGUUACAUUCUUUCCAGAGACUAUCUCACUCUGAAGAUCUGGGAUCUUAACAUGGACAGAGAGCCUGUCAAAACCAUCAGCAUCCAUGAGCCACUUAGGUCAAAACUGUGCGACUUGUAUGAAAACGACUGCAUCUUUGAUAAGUUUGAGUGCACUUUCAGUGGAGAUGAUAGAUCUGUGUUGACAGGCUCCUAUAGCAACACCUUCCACCUUUAUGAUUGUGAAGGAAAAACUGAUAUUUCUCUCCAGGCAGACAAGAGUGCCUUUAAGGCCAAGCGUCUCGGAUCGGCCAAGAACAAGAUGUCGUUGGCUAGAGGAUCAGGAAAGAAUAAUGGCAUGGGCAAUGGAGAUGCUAUGGACUUCAACAAGAAGAUUCUCCACGCAUCGUGGCAUCCACAAGAAAACACUAUUGCUGUUGCUGCAACCAAUAACCUGUUUAUAUUCACAGAGCAGCAGUAAGUAUAGUUAAAUCAACUAUUGCUUAAAGAGACAGAGACGAUAUGUAUGCCAACUCUCGUACCUCAUGUCUAUAGGUCAUAAACAAUUUGUUCUCUUUUUGGCCCGCCUUGACAUAUUACAUUCUUUACUUUCUUUAUUUGAUUUUCUUUACCAUUGCCAUUGCCAUAUUUCUUUUCCUCUCUUUUACCUCAUCAUUUUUUAUUUUAUUUUUGAAAUUACGGAACUUUCUUUACCUUGCGCAAACCAUAUUUUGUGUACUAUAUUUAAGGCACCAAAAAACAAAUACAUUAGUAAUGAACGCUGUUUUGAUAUGUCUAU